AUUCUGUACCUUGAUACUCAAACUAAAUUACGCUGUACAUGUAAUGAUGGUUUUAAUCUAGUUGUUAUAUUAUUGGUGAUACCUUUACGUAUUCUUUCAAAUAGUUUCUAUAUAGACCUAGCUUAUUACAAUAUUGGAAUUUGUAAAGUAGAAUUUUUUGCUUUCUAUUCAAUACGUACAAUAUCUUGUUGGCUAAUUGGCUUAGCUUGUGCUGAUAGAUUUCUACAUGGUUCAGAAAAUCCUAAUAUUCGACGAAUAAGUUCUUUAAAAACAGCAAAAAUAACAGUUGGAAGCAUAAUUAUUAUUAUUCCCAUUCUCUACGGUCACAUGAUCGUUUAUAUGAAUAUAAAAUACGCAAUCAAUCAAUCGGGUAAUGUUGUACCUAGUUGCGAAUCGGAAAAUGAUAUUCAUCGUACAUUCCUUUCAAUCUUAUAUAUGAUUUUAUAUUCACUUUGUCCGUCAUUUUUAAUGAUUCUUUUCGGUUGUCUUACAUUGAACAAUAUUCGCCAACGUCGUCAUAUAAUUUCAAGAAUACCUGAAGAUAAUCGAAUUGCUCGACGUACAAAUACUCAACUUUUACGUAUGUUGACUGCUCAAGUAUUUGUAAUAAUUAUAACUACUCUACCACAAUCAAUUAAUCAACUCUAUAUAACAUUAACUGUGCAAACAGCAAAAGAUACACUUCGACUUGCUGAAGAAAAUUUAUCUAGUAAAAUUUUUACUGGAAUGACAUUUUUUGCUCAUUCAAGUAGCUUUUAUUUGUUUACAUGGUCUAGUAGUAUUUUUCGCAAGGAACUUUAUAAGUUCCUUCGACAACAUUUGUAUCUCAAUCGAAAUCGUGUACAUAUAAAUAACGAUGAAAUAUAA